AUGCGGAAAGUACCCGAAAAAGAUCCAGUCAAUCAAUUAUGCCGCUCAUUUUCUAUCGUCAGAUUGAAUCAUAGCGAAUCACGCUUUCCUUCAUUUUGUUCCUUGUACGUUCACACCUUUCCUCCCGAUGACACAGAAGUGCAUACUCAGUUUCGGUCUGAGCUGAUUGACAUUAUAUCUAAAAUCCCAAAUUCGGAGAACGUUAAGGAUACCGACGAAAUCAUCAAAAUGGACCCCAAAAAUCGUUCGCCUAACGCAUUUUGCGGGAAAUAUCUAUCGCCGCACCCCUUUUACGUGGCGAAAAAUCGUGGCUUCGCGACUCUACUUAUUGAAAAUUUCACCGGUGAUUCAACUGCCAAACUAUUUGACGAAGUUUUCGAUGAUUCCGCUAACGACAUCCAUCAAGAUGGAAGCGGUUAUUUGUGUCCGAUAGCACCUUCGAAUAUCGGUUAUUUGUGCCCGAUAUCUCCUUCGAAUGUCGGUUAUUUGUUCAGAGCCAUCAAUGUUAUACCCAUUUGCCGCUACCAGGAUUACGUUCAAUCUCGCCGAAAUUAUGACAGAUUGACGGAUAGAAUUGGACAUUGUCUCGUAACAAACAAGAUAAAUAAAGGUUUCAUAAAUGUCGGUAAAAUCGGAGAUCCAGUACAAUCUCCCUGCGUUAAUCUGGCUAAAAUACUGAUUUUCGAGGCCUCAUUGGAGACUGAAAUGUCACGUGACGGGUCCGAAAAUAUUGACGGCUUACGCGAUGCCGAAUCUGAUAACCUUUUGAUUCAGUAUAUACUGUACCCCCAUGUUCAGUUUACCCCGAAAUCUGACGCCCCUCUCUCAUCAAAAAUAAAAAACAGGAGCUAUGAAGCGGGUUUUAAUCUAGAUAAAGUGCCCUUAUAUGACCCAAAUGGAUUCCUUAGCAUCUUGACCGAGAUCAGGGUGGAACCUAAGGGCGGGACUGUAGCUCGUGCUUCUCUAUUAGAUACUUCCAAUAGGCUCUCAGACCAAGACUUAAUCUAUUCGAAUCUACCCUCUCAGAUAUUCGCCGGGGACGAAGAUCUGGUAAACAACUUGAUAUUGUUCCAUCGUUUGGCCCGCCCGAGAAACGUCGAUGAUUCUUCUCGCAAGAUAAAACGCUCUUUCCUCUCGUCGAACUCGCGUUUCGAAAAGCGUGGGAGGAAAGAGGACGGACACGUCGUGAGUCAUGAAACCAUCGAAUACGCGAAUUUUUAUCGAGAACUUUUUAUCAGCCAAUCGCAGUCGAUAUCGAUUGAGAAUAAAGAUGAUCUAUUUGCUCCUACGUUUGAACUGUUCGAUGCGCAGCUGAUAAGCAAAUCGCGACACUUAGAUAGUGUUAUAGAUCAAAGCGCGUUUUUCGCUAAAUUUUUGGACGCGGCUUCUAUCCGUCUUGAGCUUACUUUCUCUUUGUUUUGUCGCGAGGAGAACUCUCAGGGUCUAAAUGUUAGCGAUAAAAUUUUGCUCCAAAAUUUUGUGGCCCACUUGAAAACAUCUUACUACCCUUACGCUACCACGGCAGCCUUUGAUAACGAUGACAGCGAUGUGGCGUAUCGCGGAUCCGACGCUGUUAAAGGAAAAUCUGGCGGAAAUAUUUUGAACCGAGAAUAUUUCGUAAAAUAUUUGAAGAAAGAUGGGGCGCUAUUGAUCUUACACAUUCUGAGCGAGCGAUGCUUCGGUCAAAAGGUUUUCAAGGUACUCUGCGCGUGGCACGAUGGAAAGACCUUCGCGGAAAACAGGACCAAGACUGGAGGCGUGGAGAACGCGGCCCGCUCAUAUUACGCUUGCGAUUUUACUAAUAAGAAUUUUCAGGAGAUCAUCAACUACGACCCAUUCAUACAUUUGUCCUCGUUGAGCCAAUCCCACUCAGAAAUUCCGAUCCUAUCGAUUCUCUUCAACUUGACACUCAUCCACCGGUGUUAUUUGAAGGCCUUCACUGUUUCGAUACAAUACUGCCUUACCUACGAUAUACAGGUCGAUAAAGUGGACAUCGAUUUUUGUAUGGAAUUUAUAUGCGAAGAAAGAUUGAUGGAAUUGGAUGUCAGCGAUUAUUACAGAAAUUCCGCUUGCUUGACCAGAACCUGUCCUCAUUCUUUUUUCAAACUGGAAUUCGCCGGAAUGAUAGAUUCGAUAUUCAAAACCAUAGCGUCUUCACCUCAUUACAGAUUCCUAAAAGCGGGAAAUCGAUCUUUAGCCAAAUGCGAAAGUAAUUAUAGUGCUUCGAACGUAGUCGACGAUAAUCAUCAUCCAUUGGAAGAAUCGUGGUCUUACGACGAUCACAGAUCUAACAGAGCCAUUAGAGAGAUGAUUGCCCACAAGCCCUUUUUCGUUCAUUUAGCGCUAUCGGUCCGCCGCCGUUGUAAUGCAGGUCGUAACGUUGGCGGAGACGUCGAGACAUUCCCUUUCAUCGAAAUCCCGGCUUGUUUAAGAGAUCUUUCGGCACUGGUAAACCCCGAAAAUUCUCACGAAAUCCUAUUCUCCCAAAGGAACUCCAAGGUGACUUUGGACAUCACGUAUCUGUAUCCCACUUACGAAUCAGAAAAAAGAGAUAAGUGCCUUCCUUCUCGUUCAUCCCUCCCCAGUUCUACCCGCAUCUCUUUCAGCGAUUAUUCCACGGACGAUUCUUUCAGCCGAUCCGUCUUGACCAGAAAUAUCAUCAAAGUCGUGGAGACUUUUCAGAUUUCUCCUAUCGUUACCCUGGAAUCGCGGGACGCGGCGAGUAAUACGAAGAAGGAAAAAUAUGCCGAUAGAAGAAAAAGGGUUAGGAAAAAAGAGGAGCGUCGUAGGGUGAGACGGAACGCCAGGAAAAUAGAAGCCGAAACCAAAACCGAAAUCAAUACCGUUCGAACUUAUAUAGCCCGCGAGGGUAGACAUUUUUGGAAUUGUUUUAUGAAACGGGUCCAUUGGUACGUUCAAGACGCCGCCAUGAUCAAUGGCUACCUCGAUCCGAUCCCCGAUUUAUUGCGCGAUAGAUCUAACAAUAACAAUAUGCCUUCGAUUGAGCGAGUAGAUAUUAGGAUCGAUCAUUUGGAGAAAGGCCUAGAAAUGAUCGAAAAGUUUUUCAAGCACAAGAUUCCCAACUCUGAGACCUCAUCUUAUAGCUCUUCUAGUAGUUCGUAUUCUUCGUUCCCCCUCACCGAUGAUAACGAUGGGUCAUCCCUUCCAAAGAAAUCUAAAUCAUCCAAAAAUGUUUCAUCCUCGGCAUCGUUGGCUUCUUCGUCAACCUCAUUCUCCACUUUUUCCGAGCAAAAAAGUUUCUCCUCGUUCACGAAUGAUGAUAGCAGCGGUGAUUCCCUCCACUCGAUCUCUCACGCUUUGGAUAGGAUUUACAAAAGGGAGUCGAGAGCGUUUAAAUUAUGGUUCGUCCAUAAUCUGCUAUAUCGUUCAUCUGAUCACGUCCAGCGCCGCGAUAGGAUGGAAAACAGAGAGAAUAACGGAAACGAAUCUAGGGCCGAUCACAUGUUUAAACGACAAUUCCCCUUGCUCUUCGUUCGCGAUUACGAGCGAAGCCUGGAGCUAUUCGUGGACUCCCUUUCCCACGAUACCAGUCUUCCUUUUUUAGACUUUCCCGGGAAGCCCUGUAGUUUCGCUAAAUUGGUCCCUGUCUUUAUUGAAGACCCCCCAGAACAACGCCCAUUUCAUGAGAGACAGAGACAUGAUCCAACACGUAAUGAGGAUAUCGGGGAAAAGACGAAUAGUUUGCCACUAACAUUUUUAGUCGGGAUCUUGAGCAGUAACACGGAAUGGCAAACACUCGCGAUAUCUCGUAAAUUUAGCAAAUCUUCGAGCGAUUUGAUUGGCAUCAACUUACCCGUCAAUAGUAAAGAAUCCGGCUUGGGCCUAAAAGCCCUCUCAUUAUCUAUCGUAAGUGAUGGCGUCAAUCAAAACGGUAUAAUACAUAUUCCAAAUUUUUCUAUAAUCGUACGUAUAACGGUUGAAAGGUGCGUCGUUUACAUGCACAUGAGUCCGUUAGAGAAUAGCAAUGAAAGGGCUUACAACAAUAAUCUGUCGCUCUACCGUCGUCUCGUAGCUAAAAUAAAGCUGAAUUUCGAAAAAGUUAACUGCCGAUUACUUCUGGAAAAUCUAUUCCAAACAAGAAUCGCCAACAUUCUUUUGAUUCCCGAUAGGAGGCAUGAUUUGAUUUUUGAUCAGGAACGUCGCCAUUACAAUAAUCCCUAUGCGAUUGUUCCUUCCUUCGCCCAGGGUCGCUUCUCUUGUCGCUUGGUGUGGCGUUACGCCCUGUCACUUCAACCCAGGCUUUCUCCUUACACCUCUCCGCCUCACCACGCUUUCGGCCCGGCCUUGAGGCUUUUAGGAUCAGCCGUUCUGGACAAGUUUUUCGGGGUGCUCAAUAGACCCGGAUAUUACGUCUUUAGGGAAUCGGAUGAUUACUCAGCCGGCAACGAAAGAAAUAGUCGGAGACACUUCGACAGUGGUAACAGCGUCAAUAGCGUAAUUAGUGGGUUCGAUUCUUCCCAAAUGCUCGGGGAAGACUAUGUUAUGGACACUGGCGGAGAGAUAGAUGACGAUGAUGAUGAUGAAGCAAAUAAUUUGGAUGCAGAGGGUAUGGCUACGGUCGAAUCUAAGGGUGACGAUGCUAUGGCUAUAAGGACUAACGAAGGAGGGCGAAUGGUCGAAGUUGGCGCCGAAAAUGCUGACGCAGCUGUGGGAGACGGAGGGAAAAGCCCGCAAAAUUUUGAGAACGUCAAGGGUGGAUCCAACAAUAUUUUCUAUUUCAACCUGACGCCCGCGACCACGAAAGACAUUUUAGGGGAUUACGGAUCGGACGGGUCUGUUCAAAUGCCAACCGAUUUCCGUUUCGAUAAUAGAUAUCACGACGAGUUUCUGAUCCUCAACUUCUACGGCCUGUCUCAGCCCGGGGAUCAAAUCAAGAAAGAUUUUAUCAAAGUUUUGGAAAACCGGCUCGAUGAAGCGGUUACGGAUAUACUUUGGGUCACUAUUAAUAGGAACCCCAAGCACAAACUGUUUCCGUACGACGCUAGUUUCCUCAAACAUCCUCACGACAAGCCCAGAUUAUAUUUCAAAUUGCCAAUCCCGGCAUACGUACACCAGCCACGUGACAAUAUUCCCAAGUUUUUGUAUUACCUGUCACAACAUCUACUCACCUUCUGCAUUUCCCCCAACUUGCCAGACCACUUUUUUAAUCUCUUCGCCGAUGACCGUCUUCUCCGCAAAAGACCUAUUCUGACCCACGGUUCGUCUUGGAAAAAUAUUUUCCUAUUCACCAAACCCUACAACACCGGCAAAAAAGCCAUAUCAUUCGUUCAAAUAUUUUUGCCGCCAAACCUCUUUGAUCAUGAGCAUAGAGAUGGAAGCCCCGCGAUCCAAGAAGAUGAUAAGUGUUUAGUAGAGUACGGCAUUUGGGAGAGAGUUUUGAGUAACGCUACCCGUUUGCGCGGUUUGAAAAAAUUGCUGAAAAUUUGCCACGCUUUAGCUAUCCGAGAGGUCGAGUUUGAAUCACUAUUAAUGACGAGAUCCCCGGAUAUUAUAUCAAGAGAUACCCCAGAUUCCUCAUUUCUCGCGCGAUGCCUUGCGACGAUCAAUCGCAUGGCAUUCGAAAUCGCUGAUUGUAAGAAAACGUUUAACAUAUGCUCUUCGGUCUCCGCCAAUGAAAGAGAGAGGGAAAGCAUCAACAGUAAUAAAAGUGAUAAGAUUUCCAAAUCCCAGAUUCGGAACUUAACCAGCAUGGCAACUUCCGCUCUUAUGUAUGAGUGGUCCGAUUUAGUCGACAAUAUACGGUUCAGGAACGAGUUUGUUGAGGAUCUUUACAAGUUCCUAAGGUCCUUACUCCCCCCGUCUCACGAUGAUGCGAAAUCACCCGAUCAUCGUGACUCAAUCAUAGAAAACAAUCAUGGUGGUGGCAUAAAAUUGGUGGCCUUCGGAGCCAAAUCCUUUAAAUUUGAUCGGGAAAUUUUUUGCGGCUUGCGUGAGGCGGAUGAAUACACCUCUUUUGGCGGAAGUGAAGAUAUCAGUGAGCGGAACGAGGGGAACAUAUUUGCCUUGGUAGACGCGGAAACAUUGAAUUCGGAAAUUAGUGAUCGUUCCCCUUACUUAAACGAGAUCGAAAACGAAGCGUACUUGUUAGUUUGGUGCGACACUCACGAUGCCGCCGCUAAGAUGGCUUCCUAUCCCAACGUUUCUGACGAAGAUCACGACAGGCAAUCCCUCUUUUCCCCUAAAUUCUCUCCUAGCGAUGAUACCUCAGCCGACCAAUCGUACGGCGACAUUUUUUUUCGCUUUCCUGACGCGAACUUUGUCGAAUAUCGUCAAUUCGAUCCAUCGACGAACAUCGAUAUCGAGAACGAAAGCCUAAACAUUGAUGACAAUCUCAUAAAAACUAAACAGGACUUCAUGGCUACUAGAAGUUUGUUCUCCUGCCUUCUAAUUCAACGCGAUAAGUGUUCCUUGUUCUGUUACAAUUUCCGCGAGACCUUAAUCGAGGACGUGUUGGUCAAAUAUUUGCAUCAUUCCGUCGAAUCGAUCCGUAAUAAGUGGGCGGCCCUCAAUUGCGUGCUAUAUCAAAAAUUGGGUUACCGCUACGCCCCUCUAUGUUCCCCGGCUAAAAUUCUGUGCGGUUCUUCCACAAUUACGAAGGAAUCGGAGCAUCAGAUCGUCUAUCCGAACGCCAAGGCGCAUCUGAGAACUUUUCAAAUGUCCCGCAAUUCUGAAGAAUUCAAAAAAACGGCCUCACAGAUGCUCAAACAAAUCUGCUCCGCCUUUAAUAAUGGUAGCAUUAGCAAGGAACAUUUACCUGUCGCCACUUUCAUAGAUUACCAUUCGCUCAACAAAUGUUUGCUAGAAUUCUUGGAUUCGCUGGUAUCCCUUCAAAACAAGGGGCUUUUCGACGAGAUCCUAUGUCAAGUUUUCGACGAAUUCAGCGGUUAUAGCCAUUUUAUGGCAAAGGCGGCACCUUUGAAUCCCUCCGCGAUUUUCGACGAAUGUCAUCUCGGGAAGUCUCGGAAUACCGAAAAUUCCGCCGCUCUCGAUUCAUUUGAGCUCGAGUUUCUGAGGGCUAAUCGCAAAGAUUUUUUACAGGAACAGGGGAUUCAAUACCUGAAGGCGUUAAAGGCACAAUUAAUAGAUACGAAAGAAAAAUCCAUCGUUAAGUAUCUUUACCGUCGGUGGUCUUCCGCCGACUCUGAUACCAGCACCGCCCAUUUUUCUCUCCACUUGUCCACCCUGAAUAUCUUAAAGAGGAGAAGCCGAUCCUUCCAUUAUUGCGCGACCCCCAUCUUGUUCGAUCCCUCGUGGAGGAAAGAAGUAUCCAAGACGAGGUCGGCCGACGUUCAAACUGAUACGGCCACCCCGCCUCAAAUUAUGCCGAGCCACGAUUGGGUGAACUUGUACAAAAGUUUUAUGAAAGAGUACCUUUUUUACUUGCAAACGCUGGGCUUUAAUCACGUUUCCUCUCUACAGGGGCACCCUACUUCUUCCGCCCCCCAUGGCGUUGGUGACCAAAGGAAAGGCAACGAUUGUCACUCAUCCUUUCCCAGGGUCUUCAUGCAGAAGACCAUACCGGAAGGCGGAAUAUUGCUUCUAGAACUUUCCUUGGACAUGCCAUUUUUCGUGCUUUAUUUUUACGUUUGUUUGAUGCCCAACCCCUUUGAGUUUUCCGCGCGAAAUGACGCGAAUGGGACAACGGGAGAAGAGAAUUCUGUAUCCAAGGAUGAUUUGGGAAAUAAGCAAGACAAAAUCAACUCCUUCCUAGAAAUAUGCGAAAAUUACAAGGUGUUGUGCCAUCUGCACUCUUUUUCAUACGAUUUUCACCUGAGGAUCAUUUAUAACCACCUGUAUCCAGAUCGUUCUCCCAACGAUUCGGGCGACUCCUUGAACGCGGAACAUAAUGGCGGGGGCGACACUGAUGGGGAACCGUUAAACUUGCUGCCCCUUCAUUUUAACCUCGUACCCAUGUUGAGCGACUUCGUCAACUAUUACAAUAAGGCGCCUGGGUUUUCGCAAAAUCUCGUGAUUCGAAAGAAUUUAGAAAUAUCGUGUCGAAGAGAAUUCUCUUCGAACUUUAUGCGAUUCUUGUUGAACGAAUAUUCUCGCCCUCCUCCGAACGCUUUUCGUAACGCGACGCCGAAUAAUGACUCCCACGAGAACGCGGACCCGCCCCUUUUAUCAUCGUACAUUCAUUCAAAGACUCACCGAAAAUGGCGCAAUCGCGUUCCUUAUCUUUAUUCCUCGACACUCGGGCCGGUCGAUCCGAACCACCUUUCCCCUUUCCGGAUUCUCGCCAUAAUCUUUGAAAGCGAAAAUUACGAUGUCCUAGAAAACGCGGAGGCCCUCGCCAUUAAAAGGCGUUACACCGAUUCGCCGCAAAUAUUUUCCAGCAGGAAAACAAAAGAUGGAUACGGCGAUUCUCUGACGGUCGACGGCAGUCUCGACGAUAUUGAUCUUAGCGAUAAGCGGUUCAAGCCCAUUGAAGCUAUUUUUAAUUCCGGGUUCCCAGGAGGCACCAAAUUCGAUCAUCCCAACAAAACCCGUAAAAAUAUCGCCAAAAACAAGGCGUCCGAUGAUGAAUUUCCGUUCCACGAUGCGAGCAAAAACUUGGAAGUUGGCGAAAAAAACUCUGUACCUAAGCGUUUCGGGGUGUACCUCCUGCUCAUCAAUCGGCACAACAAAUUCCCCAAUGUAAAUACUGAGUCUCAAACCGGGAAUUUCGUGACCGUAGUCACGAAAGGGCGUCAGCCGGUUCCCGCUGCUAUUCUUUUGGCGCGAACCUUGGAGCUUUUGGCGGGUAAGGGCGGUGACAACACGGCUUCCGCGCAGAUUAAGAAUGAAACUCCGGCUUCUCGAGAUACCUGGAAUCUUUUGUUCGCAGCCAAAGAUGUUUCGCGAAUUGGACGCGGUCGUAACUUCACCGUUGUCCCUGGUUCUUAUCUCGGUUUGCGGCGCGUAAAAAGCGAUGUAUUACACGCGCGGGAAAAUUUAGACCGGCUGAAAUACCGCGGUUACAAAGAAAACAAAAGUGGCGCGAUUCGCGGAAGACGAAGUCUUAUCGAUACAUACUCUGCCGACAAUGAAUCCGGUGGUUAUAAUUCCGAAAUCAGCAAAAUUUUCCAAACAAUUCCGCCCAAAAAAGUUAAAGCUGAUCAGGCGGUUGGCAACUUUUUUAUCAAGGCGGAAAGCGUGGACUACCUCGGUUAUUACAGCAAAGGGGAACAACAGAUACAAACCUAUUUACUUGAACGAAGCGUCAAGAUUAUCGACAAUCUCCAAACCUUAUUGACGCGAGAAUCCGCUAAUCAUCAUAAAACCGAACUAUGGAAUCAUUAUUUUUUAUCCCCUUACAACAAUAACGAAUGGCCCGUUCCGUUCAGGAAAAGCUUGAUCGACGAUCUUCCCGCUACAUCAUUCAAUGCCAAUCAAAUUGGAGCCAUUUCCGGUAUGCCCUCCCCCAACAGCUCCACCAAGAUAAAGAAAAGGCCCACCAAUUCUAUCUCCCCUCUUAUAUUCAAUUUAUUCUCUACCGCGACUUCGAGUCUCACGUGUCCCGGAAAUAUUUCCGACACCACUCACAAGACGGAUAACGGUAAUCGGUUUGUGUUCCCGCCCGACCUAGCUCCGAACUUGAAAAAUAUGACUAACGAUGAAAAUUUUAUCGAAAUUUUAUCCACCAUGAAUUUGACCGAUAUUACCGAAGUGGACGGAAGGCUGAAAGCGGUGCUACGUAGAAUCGAUGGUCCCGACGUUAUGAAUCAAAUUAAUCGCCAACUUAACUCGCGAUUCGCGGGGUUCAUCAAAUAUUAUUGUUACGGAAUCGAAAAAUUUACGAUAAUCCCUAAUCCUGAAUAUGGAUACCAUUUGAUGAUAAUAUAUCAGCUAAACUCCUCUUCGGUUCAAGCGGAUCGAUGGAAAAUCUGUUCGGCUUUAAAAGAUUUCGACAAUUCAUACGACGUUGGUCAAGCGAGAAUAAUAUCAAAACACGUGAUCGAUAUCGUCAACAUAUUUUGCCAUUUUAUACUAUCGAACAUAUGAUUUAUUUAUAACUUCCUUCCUUCUAUCAGGGUUUUUUUUUAAAAAAACUUAGAUUUUCAUAAAACAAUCAUGUUUAUAAGAAUAUACACAUGUACAAACCGCAAUUUAGGAUCAUUUUGU